GUUUGGUUGAGAGCGCAGCAAAGGUAAAGGUUGGAGACGGUGAGAAGGGAUAAAACAGAAUCAAUAAUUUAAAAAUAAAUUCUUUGGUAAACUGGUUUUUAGUGACAAAAUAUUGGAAUUCCUGAGGAAUCCCUUCCUGAACUUUUCUUCACUGCAACUUCCUCCAAUUCCAUGUUCCAGCCUGUGCUCGUAGCACCAUCCAAAUAAAGUAGUUACUGCUUUGGAGUUGAGAGUCUGACCUUAGGCAGAAAAUGGAUGGCCAUGUUGAACAAAACCCAGUGGACAAGCAGGCACCUGUGGACUACGGAGUCCAAAUACGAUUCAUAGAUGACCUCCAGGGCAACAAUAAAAUCAAGAAACCCAAGAAGAAUUUGGCCAAAUCAGGAUCCUAUGGUGUUGUGGUGAGAGUCCAGGGGAUUUCUGGACAGCCAUUUGUGGUAUUGAAUAACAGUGAUGGAGCACCAUCAGCGCCUGGGGCAUCAGGCAGAAUGGAUUAUAUUAAAGGUGGUAUCCAUGAAGAGAACAGCAAUGCUAUACCUGGCACACAGAUGCAGAGCACACGCACAAAAGCAACUGAGUUUGAAGUGCCAGAAAACCCUUAUGGAGACACUGUCUCAGUGCAGCCACAUUCUCGCAGUGAUUCCCAGUGUACUAGCUCUGAUGAGGAGACUGGAUCCAAAUGUUAUGAAAAAGUUUAUGAUUCAAAAAUAUAUAUGCAAAAUAACAAAAACUCCCUUCCAUACUCAAAUGAUGAGGGCCACCUGUCCUUGCCGCGUAGGAAGCCUAUGCACCAUGAGGAGCACCUGAGAAAGUUUCAUUCUCAUGGAUCAUUGCUCAUUUCCGAUGAAUUAGAGUUUUCCAAAGAACCUGGCCCAAACUACCAGUUUUUGCCUGAAGAAAGACCAGGCUUUAGGACACCAAGCCCUGCUACUUCAGCUAACAGUGAGAGAUCAGUUAGCAGUCUGAAAGGAAAAAGUCAUGGAAACUCAAAUCAUAGGCACCUGGAAAAACCAUGGCCUAAUACUGUAUUUAAUUCCACAAAUAUGUCAAAGCCAAUGGCUAAAGCUUACUCUGUUACUGAUAUUCCGUUGGAGUCCAAUGAUGUUAAUGCAAUAGACACCAAACCUCUUUCUUCUGUGGAUACCCUCAUCAGUAAAUUUGAUGGCAAAGGAGGGCAACGUACAGGAAGAACAGUGCGGCGUAAUCGGAUUUCCCCUGAAGACCGCAGGCGUUCACAGAGCCUUGAUAGAGAGUCCUACCCCUCCAGCACUGGGCUACAAUUGAAGAGAGAAGUUGAGACUUACAAUAGGUCUGAGACCAGCGCUGGCCAAAAGCCUUUUCGAUCCAGUGACAUAAUGGAUGUUGGUAAAGACAUCGAACCUGCUAGGAUCUUUGAGACAAAGCCUUCAGCAGUUAUGAAGGAGUCUUCCUCUCCAAUCCAAUUCACAUCUCGAUCUUCUAGUGCAGUUAAAGGAUAUACAACAGGAUUUCGGAACAAACCUGACAAGGAGUCGGGGUGCUAUCCUACUUUCAAUACAUCCAGCAUCCCCAGGAAAUGGAAUCAGAAACAAAUGGAAAUGGAACCCAUAGUGGAGAAGAAUCAAAAGGCUGCAGUCUUUACUGAGCAGGAUAUAGAGUUAAAAUGCACUCCUGACCUUUUGAAGGACCAGAAAGCACAUUCUCCUGCCAGCGAGGAGCUUACAAAGCAGUUAAUAUUCAGUCUACUAAAGGAAGGGAGCAUUGAAAGUGACGGUUUCUUGAAGAAGAAAGCAAACCUUGUAUUUGACAAACUCCAAGGCACCAAAUAUGCAGAAUUAUCACCUGAUCUUGGGAAUGUCGCUGUUCAGAAGAAUGAUCUGGAGAAGAAGGUAGUAGAACUGCAGCAAAAACUGGAAGAAGAAUUAACGAAACGUCAGCGGCUGGGAGCAGAGAAGGAUCAAAACAAGGUGGAGCUGCAGGAUCUACAACUCCAGCUGGUGGAGAACAUUGAGGAAAGGACCCAGUUACACUCACUGUACCAAAAGAACAGAAAAGACCUCCAGAAUAACAUGGAAGAUUUGGUGAAAGUGAAGGCGGAGAAAGAUACAUUGGAAGCUGAAAUGAAAGACCUGCAGGAAGAAAUGUCGCUGUUGCAGAAAGAGCUGAGGACUAUCAGAAAAUCUGCAGGAGAUGGUGGGGACCAAGAAACCUUACAAGAGUUGGCAAGAACAAAAGAAGAGCUGGAUAUGAUUGCUACUGCAAAACAGACUGUGGAAGACAUCCUAAGGCAGAGGGAAAGGGAGCUGACAGCCCUGAAGGGGGUUCUGAAAGAAGAGGUGAGCAGCCAUGAUAAAGCGAUGGAAGAGCUUACAGCCCAAUAUCAGAAGGAUAUGGAACAGCUGAGGAAAAAUAUUGAUGAGGUGUCUCAGAAUCAACAGAAUGUGGAAUCUGAGAGGCAAAAGAUCAAUUCAACCAUGCGGAACCUGCAACAGCAGCUGCAGGAAAGCACGGAAGAGAGCAGCCACUGGAAAGAGAUGUUCCAGAAAAACCGGGAGGAGUUGCGCAGCAGCAAGCAAGAACUGUUGCAGAUGAAGAUGGAGAAGGAAGAAUAUGACGAAGAGCUUCGGGAGUUGCGAGAUCGUUACUCUGCACUGCAAAGUGAGGUGGACCACGUGAAGCAGACCUCGGCAGAUGUUGCUGGGAUGGAGGCGCUUAAAAAAGAACUGGAUAAAACCAAAACAGAGCUACGGGAGAAGACUGCCACCAGUGAACACCAAGAGGCAUUAAUGCAACAAAAGGAGAAGGAAUUGAGUUCACUGAAGGAGACACUAAUUGAAAAGGCAGCAAACCAUAGCAAAGUGCUGGAAGAACUAAAGCAAAACCAUCACAAGGAAAUGGAGAUGCUUCGGAGGAACUGUGACCUCAUGGCUGAGGAGAAAAUAAACCUUGAAAAUGAAAAGGGAGCUACAGAACAGGCAAAGAAAGCAGCAGAUUCUACUCUGAAACAAUUGAGGCAGGAUAAUGAGGACCUGAAGAGGAAGGUUUCACAGAUGGAUUUCCAAUUGGGAGAAUGCAAAGACAUGCUUGAGGAAUUUCAAUGCUCUGAAUCAAGGCUGAAAGACAAAAUAGCCAGGCUUGAGGUGGAGCGAAAGCACAUGGAACAAUCUCUGGGAGAAGCCACUGACCAGGAACAGGAAAUAGCCGUAGCAAAGAGAGUGUUGGAAAACCGUCUGGAAGAAACACAGCGGAACCUGAGCAGAAUGACCCAAGACUACCAAGAGUUGAAUGAACGUUUCCAAGAUGAGACGAGGCAGAAGGACCAGCUCAAGAAAGCAAAGAAUGAACUGGAAGAACAAAAGAGGCUUCUGGAUAAAAUGGUUGAAAAGCUCCAGAAAGAGGUAGAAGUCAUCUCUGAGCAGUCAGGAAGCUCGGUGGUUAUGCUGCAGUCUCAGUUGGAGGAGCAUCGGGAUAAGUCGCGUCGCGAGUUACAAGAGCACCAGAGACAAGGAAAAGAGAAGACCCUUGAACUGGAAAAGGCAAACAUGACCAUCAAGAGACUACAAGAUGAGAUUGGCCAUUUGAAACAGGAGCUGCAACAGAGCAAUGCUGAAAAGGAGAAUGCGCUUCUGGAUAAAGAUGUGUUGGGGCAGAAGGUGCAGUACUUGGAACAGGAAAUGGAGACCAAGAGAAGGACCCAGGAUGACAAGUCCCGGCUGGCAAAAGUACUGGAGGAUAAAGUCAAGCGCCUGGAGUUGGAACUGGAAGAAGAGAAGAGCAGUGUUGAUCUUUCAGCAGAGAGGAUCAAUAGGAGUAGAGAACAGAUUGAGCAACUGAGAGGUGAGCUGAUGCAAGAAAGAGCUGCAAGGCAGGAUCUGGAAUGUGAUAAAAUUUCUUUGGAGAGACAGAAUAAAGAUCUAAAGGCCAGAUUGGCAAACAGUGAAGGAAGUCUGAAACCGAAUGCUAACUUGCCUCAGCUUGAAUCUCGAAUCAGAGAGCUGGAGGAUCGUUUGCAGUCAGAGGAAAGGGAGCGAAGCAUUCUGCAGACAUCGAAUCGCAAACUGGAGAGGAAGGUAAAGGAACUGACCAUUCAGCUUGACGAUGAGAGGCAGCAUGUCUCCGAUGAGAAGGACCAGCUGACCUUGCGAGUGAAGGCCCUGAAGCGACAAGUGGACGAAGCAGAGGAGGAAAUCGAGAGGCUGGAGGCUGCACGGAAGAAAAGUCUGCGGGAGCUGGAGGAAGUACACGAGGUCAACGAACAACUGCAGAAUCGGAUUAAGUCCUUGGAAAAAGACGUCUGGCGGAAGAAUACUCGUUCCAACAUGGAUCUAAGAGAUGAUGACCUCAGUUCGGAUGACGAUUUUGAAAGCAAGUUCAAUCCUUCCUCCAUCACGUCGCUGAUUACCGAGAGCAAUUUGCAGACGAGCUCCUGUUAGAUCUUUUUGGAGGCAAGGAAUUCACCAGUUCAUUCUGUCGCUCUCUGUGACUGGUGUGUACAAAAGGAAGUACCAUUACUUGCUGAUUCACUUGACUAGAAGAUCAUUGUCAGUGGAAAAUCAGCCUCUCUUAAAUGAUCUGCAUAUGCAAAGCACUGUGCUUUUUGAAUCCACUUUUAGUAAAUGUAUUUACCUGCUUUUGAUAGGAAAUAUUGCAUUUUAGUCAGUAUGUUGUAACAAGUUUCUAUUCCCUUCCCAUAGGGAGGUAAAAAGGGUUCAUCCUUGGGUACCUCACAGUAUGCAAUUUGCUUUCCCAGGACUGAGAGUACUAAUGGAAUUGGUGUUAAAGGAGGUCAUUAGAUAUAUAUCUGGCAGCACCCAUUCCAUAUGUUGACAGGCCACUCAGAUCUAGUGGUCUCUCUCAUCUCUACCUAUUGUACAUGGUGAGAGAUGCUGUCUGCCCCAUCUUUGUUUGGCUGCACAGCACUCUUGAGUGUGUUGUUUUCUCUUUUGCUAACAGUGGUUGCUGGUCAUUCACUGAGCGAAUGACCUCCAACUUGAAAGUAAUGUAGUAUAUAAAAGGAUCUUCCAGCCCCCAUCACCACUGACCCUUGAAGAUGGCCAUAUUGAGAAUAAGUUCCUCUUUCACUGUGAAUCCAGACUGUCAAUUUCUGUUGCAGAGUGGUGCUUGCCACUGAUCAGGGAAUGUAGAUAAGAUCUGACUAUUGGCAACUGUUGGUCUGUCACAUGUAGCUGGGAGUUGAUGGUCAAUCCUUGAACUUUGCUCAAUCAAUUGGGGAAUAGUUUGAUGGAUGUGUACCUCACUUCCAAACUAGAACUUAAAAAAUGAAAAUGGGAAAAAGUAGAUUAUUAAAUUUAGAAUAAGCUAUGUUAGAAUAAAAGUAGAAUUUACUAAAAUACAGUGAGUUAAGAAGAAACGGUGAAAAGAUAAAGUUACAAGAAGAAAAAUAAAAUAGAGUGGUUGCUGGACAUAUGAAAUUAAAGAAACUGCUGGGAAUACUCAACAAGUCAAGCAGUAUCCAUGGGGAGAGAAUAGCCUAUUCUUCAGAACCAAGGAUAAUUAGAGGAUUAAUUUUGGGGGGGGAGGUGGGGGAAGGGAGGAGAGAACAAAAAGGAAAGUCUAUAGGGGAGAAUGCAGAAUAGAUAAAAGUAUUCAUUUUAAUGGCUUAGGAUGUAUUUUGAAGGUGAAUGUUCCGGGAGUGGGAACAAAAUCCUUCAUUUUAUUGUCGCAAUGUUAAAGCUGAUUUUUUUUUAAUUGGAUGCCAGACACGAGGGAUGUGAAUCACCCUGGAUCGGGCCAGCAUUCAAUACUCGAGUACAAGUGCUACAUCCUCAACAGUCCCUGGUAUUAACUGCAGGCAGCCCUAAUGUAUGAGCGGGAAGGGAAGGUGCAGUUGAAGGAAAUUGCAAGCUCACUGCUAAGCUUUAGUGGGGUGAGAUGAUGAGAGUUGGGAUGCAAGGAGGAAGAAGUUUGGGGGAGAUGUCAGUAUGUAUUUCUUUAUCCAGGGUGGAGCAGAUUGUGAGAGAGGGUGACUAAGAGUAGGUUCUCAACGUGAAUUUUGAGCAGUAGCUCAGUGCUCAACCCUGGAAUGAGCUGGGAUUUGAUAGGGAUAAGAAUUUAGCUGGGGCACCACAAUCCAGCUGUGGACUCCAUUAAAACUAAGGUCUCGGUGCUCACAGAUUUCACCAUAUUGGUGUUGCUUGUGUGGUUCUGGCAGAGCAGAAUUGCCUGCCUAUCAUUGAAUCCACAAUAUUGGAUGAAGGUGCCGGUGAGAGGCAGGAUUGGACCUCAGAAUUAUCAAGUAGCAACCUACAUUGGCCAGCUUUUAGUGAAUACAACCCACACUUUACUCAUUGUAUCUUUGGAUAGAAGUCAUACUCAGUGCGAAGAAAUUUUCUGCCAAUAUUGCCAAGCAAUGGUCUUGGAGUCAUCUGUACCCCAUCAGAUAUGUGUAUCUGUAGUCAUGUGCCUAUACUCUGUUCCAUCUUUCUGUAUGUUUUUCUGUACAUGAUGCUAUAUUCUCUGUCUCUCUACUAUAUCUAUAGAUGGGUUUGUAUCUGGCUAAAUCUAAUGAAACCUAUGUGCCUUUUCCUGUAUCUGCACCUAUAUCCAACUUGAGUGCUUGCAUUUGGGUGUCUGUGCUCGCCUUUAACUGGUCAGCUCUGCUAACACAUUACCAAUAUCAGCCUCUUUAUUGGAGGCUAUUUAUUCCAAAUUGGUGUGGCUUGAAAAUCUUUUUUUAAAAAAAAAUGAAGCCCUGGGUGCGGUCAGUCUCAGAUUCCUGUGGUUGUACUGUUGGGAGGUACAAGUCUGAAGUGUUUCAUAAGCCUUUUAUUGACUGAGUAACCGAAGCUUCCAGCAGUUAUUUCUGCUUGGUGUCUAUAAGAAGAGGAAGUAGAUGUCUGCAGUUGCCAGUUUAUAGGCACUUGCUGUAAAUAUGUUGCCCCUUAAAUCAUACCAAUGGACGCAACUGCCUUCAGGAGAGAGAAAGUUAAGAGGGAAAGAUUUAUUUUAUUCCACCUCUGUUUCUAACCAGGAAACUUGAAAAUACCAUAGCUUCCCGUUCAAUUGUGGGGAUUAUUUGACAUUUGUAUUUUGUGCUUCAGCUGGUGUAUUAACAUUCUAUAUCAUUUUAUCCCAACCCCCCCCACCUUUUGAACACAGCAAGCAAUGAAGGCAUCACCAGUGUUUGUGACUCACGAGAUGAAGCACUGUUCAGAAUGAAUGACAGAAAGAUGAGUACAUUUAUGGAGGACUAUUCAGCUCACUACCUAUUUAAAAAGUGUAGUUACUGUUUAAUGUAGGAAGUACAAUAGCUAAUUUGUGUAGUACAAGUUCCCAUAAGCAAUGUGAAAGUAGCCAGAUAAUGCUAGGAUAAAGUUGACUUAAACAUAAAUAUUGAUCAGGACACAAGAUAACUCUUUAAAAAUUAUACCAUUUGAUCUCGAGGUGAAAGGGUGAUGGAUCCUCAUUCUGACCACAACCUGAAGAUUGUAGCUCUAACAGUGUGCAGCGUUCCCUCAGUGCUGCACUGAAAUGUCAGCAUCUACUGGCGUCAGCAGUGGGACAGGAAUUGCUCUCCAGCACCACCUUCUCCCCCUCCCCACUUUGUGUCCUCAACAGCAAGAGUUUUACCAAUCAUACGGCAGCCAAUAGAAGCAGCUUGAGUAGUGGAGAGAAUAACAACCUUCCAAAAAUGUACAUACCUUUUUAUGAAAGAUAUAAUUGGAUAAUAAAGUAUUACACUUCACAACAUCUAGACAAACAUGACAAUUUCUACAAGAGUCCACAAAUAGGUCUGAAUCCACCAUUUCGGAAUUGAGAGCUUGUCCAGUGAGGACUGAGAUGACGAUAGAUUGCUUCAGAGUUGAGAAUCUUACAGCUGUCUACCCCAGAGACCUGAUGAUGCUCCAUCACAGCAUGCGAUCAAGGCUGCGAUAGUUGAUUCUUGGACGUCAAGGUUGGGCAUUGGGGAAGGUGGGGGGGGGGGGUGGGGUAGAGAUGGGAGUGGAAUUGAGGUAGAGGAUUGGUCAUGGUGGUUAGGAUUCUCAGAACAGCCUUGAAGGUUCAUGUGGUCACACCUUGCAACAGGAAGGUAUCAACCAUUCUUUCAAGCUCCAUCUUCUGUCCAAUUGUCUGGUCUGUGGUGUUACCCGAUUUGACAGAGAGGGGCUUGUUGCGCCCCCCCCCCCCCCCCCCCCCCCCGAGAACUGUGUGCAAGCUGGCUUGAGUCUGAACGAGAUGCUCUCCACAGUGGAAUGCCUAGCUCAGCAUCACCAUUAGCAAGUGCCCACCCUUCACGAAUUCUUAACAUGAAUCAAUGUCCUCCUCAAGAAGGUGAGAUGUUUCCAGCAGACGAAAGGGUGUACCUGGUGUGAGAGUACUUCACAAGGGAAAAGGAAUGCAGAGUUGAAUUUCUACAGCGUUUUUCACACCCUUUGGAAUGUCCCAAAAUGCUUUACCAUCAAUGAUCUACUUCUGUUAUUGGCAUAACUUUGGAAGUAAGGCAACCUAUUUCCACACAGCAAACUCUCACUGGCAGCAGUGUGCUCAUGAUGGGCAGUGAGUAAUGUGUGUUAGCAAUGUUAGUUGAGGGAUUAAAUAUUGGCCAGGAUAAGUCAAGUGAAAAUGUUGACUAAAGUGUGCUGCUGCAAGUAAGUUUUUCAUUGCACCUGUGCAUAUAUGUACUUGUGCAGAUGGCAAUAAACUUGACUUUGACCUUUCAGGAAAGGAUUUGACAUGUUUGCACCAUAUUGAAUGAUUCCUUUGCACUUGAGUUAUUAAGGUACUUGGGGCUGAUGUCUGCUUUGUCUCGACUAAUUAGGAGGCCUGUGAAGUGAGUCACAGUACAGAUCCAUGACCUCUAUCCACCCUUCCUGCCAGUAAAGACCUUGUGAUGGCAGUAAUCAGACUUACUUAUUUUCUUUGAGAUCAUAUAUUCCUUCCCCUACCCUCCUCACUUCCCCCUUUCAGGUAAGGUUCUUGUGUCAAAAGUUUUUUUUUAAAGUUUCUUUAUUUCAGUGUUUAAUGCAGAAUGGUAAAAACUUGCAGGGUCCUGGUGGGGCAGACUGGUGAAGCACCAAUCAUCAUUUGGAAAAAAUAAUACCAAGCAUUCCGUCAAUCUUACUAUUCUUCAAUAUUGUUUGGGCUCACAGGUUGAUAAUUUCUGUUUAAUGAUGAAUUCUGAGGUCAGCCACGAUCAGUUUUACAAAUAAUAUAUGGGGAAAAAAAACAGAAGCCUUACUUUUAUAUUGUUGGUAAUGACUGAAGCACGGUCAUCUUGCUGGAUGUUGCCUGGUUUGGUAACCGUGUGAUGAUAAAGAGGGAGUAAAAUCACCUGUAUAAUUCUCAAGCAAUUAAUAAGCAGCUGGCUCCUUUGGUAACUUUAGUUUUGGGAAAACGCUUUUCUUGGGCUUAACAUCUCGCUGUUAUCCAGAUCACCAGUUAAAAUAUAAAUAAUUUCAGGUUUUGAAAUCUAUUUAUUCCACUUUGUAUGUUGUCUUUCACAAUUUCAUUGUCUCAUGUGAUUGAGUUUAUGAAUGAAGAUGAAAAUACAGACAUCAAAUGACAGUGUUUCUUAAGAAUAAUUCAACCUUCCCUAAUUUUAUCAGAUGAAUGCUCGUAUACAGGUGGCCCCUUCCUAAAAUACCCAGAAAGUAGACUUGUACACCAGUUUUAUAGUAUAUCUUUGCUAUGGUAUCAACUGCAAGUAUACUGUGUAUACAUUAAAUGUAAAUAUGUCUCGUGUUUCUACUUCACACUCUUCCUGUUGCCAAGACUUGCUCGUAUAUAAAUUUAAAAAUCAAUAUUAACUGAAGAGAUUUAUACAAAAUCUAUAUAGAGAUUUAUAUACAUAUUAACUGUAUAGAGGAGAAUAUCGAUUACCUAUCGAUCAAGAUUUGUAUGAGGUUUUGAUUCCAGCUUCUGCGGGAAUUUUCAAAGCUAUUUUUUCACAUUUAUAUUUUUGUAUAUAUGUUUGAAAUUCAAAACUUUAAUUUGCAUAUUCUGUGGAAGAUAAUAAAUAUGCUUAAGAUAUUUAGUUGCAAAUUGU